GUCCAGUUGCUGUCAUGGCAUCAAGAGUUCAUUAAAUUACUUGAGGUAUUCUUCAGGAACCAAUACAGUCCGAUGGGCUAGAGUAAUGAAGCGUGAAGUAUGAACAAACGUACGAAGACAAGUACCCCCAUGGCCCAUGGCUCACCUUAUCCGCUCUUCCAAAAGGUCAAGGUGUGUUUGGUUGAGUGUGAAUGUGUAUGUAGUCUAUGUGGAUGUCGAUGUCGAUGCAAAUGUGGAUGUGGAUGUGUGGAUAUCUCUCUCACUCUCGUUUUCGUUCACUCUCCUUCGUGUUGCAACCAUUCCUCCAAUCACUGCAAUCCGCAAUCAUCUCUCCUCAUCACACCUUGUCUCCCCCUCCCUCUCACCCUCUCUCACCCUCUUUCGCCUCCAUCAACAUCAACAUCCGCAUCCCACUUCAUCUCAUCCACAAUCCCAUCUCUCUCAUACACGCACACUGCCCACCUCGAAUAUCACACCUUUCCCCACUCCAACUCUUUUUCGCAAUCGUCGCCCUCUCUUACCUAGUCCAUUUGAUUGCUGAGAUCGAUCGAGUGUGCGAUCAUGAUAUCGUCUCUGUUAUCCUGAGGGUGUCUCAAAAAAGGACAGACGGGUUCUUGUUGGCCUUGGACAUCAGCUCUCUUAUAGAUUUCAGUCCAGGCCGUUGUGAUUUGCGCGCUGUGCCAUCACUAUAAUAGAUUCCACCCAUGGGCAUUCGAAGGACCUGAAGA